AUGAGGUUUUUCACUGCCACAGUGCUCGGGCUGCUUGUGCCCAGCCUGGCUGCCGCAUCUAGCUUCACUACCCCAGCUCAACUCGCUGUCCCGGCCGACUUUAAGCCCCCGCAAGUGUUCAAGAACGCGAACUUGGUUCGGAACACCAAUUUGGAAAAGGGAUAUGUCCGGGAGACUAUCAAUGUUGUGGUAGAGAAUGUCGAUAAGCAGUCGCAGAGCGAUUACUACAUUCCCUUCCCUUCGGAUGUGUUUGGUCGCGUUGGAGGGUUUGAAGUCAGAGACAAGAAGGCAACUGAGAAUGGUCGCUUCGAUGUGGAGGUUACUGAACCUGUUCUGUCCAGUGGUAUCCAGUACUUUGUCGUUCAUCUCGCCGAACCCCUCGCUCCUAAGGCUCAAAUUACUCUUGGAAUCUCCUACUCCAUCCUUUCAUCGCUGAGCCCACGCCCCGCGACCAUUGCACAAAGCGACAAGCAGUACCUUACCUACUCGUUCUCCGCCUACGUGCCAUCUGCCUACGAGACCGUCACCCAGAAGACCAAGCUUAAGUUCCCAAGCACUGAUGUGCCUGACUACACUGAGACCUCUGGACUCAAGUCUGGUGCUGACCCGGAGCGCAAGGGUGCCACCUAUACCUAUGGACCCUAUGAGACCUCCAAGGUGGCCCCCGGCACCGAGGAGCUUAUCACUGUGCGCUACCAGUUCACCAACCCCGUGAUCACUGCCAGUCUCCUGGAGCGCGAUGUGGAGGUUUCCCACUGGGGUGGCAACCUGGCUACCGAGGAGCGAUACUGGCUGCGCAACAACGCCUCGCAGCUGACCAACCAGUUCUCGCGUGUCGAGUGGACUUUCGCCAGCUACCAGAAGACGCCAUCCUCUGCCCUCCGUGAAAUCGUCUACCCUCUCCAGCCCGGCUCCGUGGACCCUUACUUCAUCGAUGACAUUGGUAACGUCUCGACUAGUCGCUACCGCCCCGGCAACGGUAAGACCGCUGCCAACUUGGAGCUGAAGCCUCGCUACCCGAUCUUUGGUGGCUGGAACUACAGCUUCAAGGUGGGUUGGAACAACGAUCUUUCUCGAUUCCUGCGCAGGGCUACCGGCGUGGACUCCUAUGUCCUCAAGGUUCCCUUCCUGCAGGGCCCCAAGAUGGCCGAAGGUGUUCAGUAUGAGCACGUUGUUCUCCGUGUGGUCCUCCCCGAGGGCGCGCACAACGUCCGCUACGAGACUGUCGAGGGCGCUAACAGCAACGGUCUUCCUGGUGCAAGCCAGAUCAAUGCCAGCAUUUCCUCUUACAAGACAUACAUGGACACUCUUGGACGGACUACAUUGACCCUGGAGGUUGAUAGUCUGACUGAUGAGGCGCGCGAUGCGCAGCUGGUGGUGACCUAUGACCACACCCUUCUGGAUGCUCUCCGCAAGCCUCUCACCAUUUUCGGUGGUUUGCUUAGCUUCUUUGUUGCCAUUUGGUUCCUUGGUAACAUCGAUACCAGCAUCAAGAAGCGGUAG